AUGAAAAGUCUGCUAAAAGAGAUUUACUCAAGUGAAUGCAAACCCUUGAACAUUCUAGCUUCUCUUGAGUCCCUCGAACACCAUGCGAUAGCGGGGACAUUUCCUCCCCAAAUUUUGGAAUCAUUCAAGACCCCAAAAUUUCAAUUUUCGACGACUUUCACCAACAGUGGAGACCACCAAGCCAGUUUAGUAGGGCUCGAAAACACGGUUAGCGAAUGUCGAGGGUCAGUUCUAGCCCGCUUUAUCGAAAUGAAGAAAAUGGGACUCGAAACGUACGCAACGAUGCUGACAAUUCGUGCAUUUCGACAAAAAAUCGAAGCGACUGUUAAAACGACCUUCGAUACGCUUAAUUUCCAAGGAGUCGAACCGUGUCCCGAAUAUCUUAUCAAAGACAGAGAGGAUACGUUCACGAAUGGACCCUCCAUAUGCCAAAGGGCUACAAUUAUAGCUCGAGGGGACUGCAUGGCAGAAAACGCUAGGAAAAAGCGUAAACUCCAACACAAGGUUGAUUCAGAUGUGACCAUGACUGAAUCGGGUCCAUCUGAUAUCACUAAAACCAUUCGUGACGAAAUGGAGAAAAUGUUUAAAAAAUAA